GUGGUUGGACCGUAUUUCCGAGCGGGUUCCUGAUUUAGUUGAUUGAUCUAGUUGCGAUCAGUAGUUAGCCCAAGUGGGACUGUUGAAGAUAUCUUGAAAUUACAAUUGACGCCCGACAACUUAAAACGCUGCGCUUCAGGUGAAAGGAACCAAGCACCAUAUACUCUAAGUACACAGGUCACAAUAGUGCGGUACGGACUGGAGUAUCGGACACACGGUCAAAAGGCUGCUUGUUGAGAUUUAAAGUGAGAUGUGCAGGAGCUAAUAAGACCAGAUCAAAGCAUGCCUUCAGCUACUCCGUAGCUACCGCCGUGAAUAUCAAGGUUUCCAACUCGCAAUAAGCAACCAGUCUCCCCUGGGGAAAUUCUCUCCACAGUUCACACGUUCGCAGCAAAAAGCAUUGAGGUAGAGCUGGUGAAAAAAUACGGAGUACGGAGUACAUGCAUGACAAUAAUAUUAAUGGCGAAGACAUGGACAUCGCUGUUGCAUGCACCCGCCAGUGAUAUCAGCCGUGUCUGGCAUUGUGUGACUGUCAUCAACCCUGGCCGCGAUCUUCAUUCAUAAAAUGAAAGUUUCUAUAUAAAGCGCCUCAACUGCGCAAAUCUCUGCCUCUUACAUUCCUAGUCCAGGGGACACACCGGCCAGUUGGAGGCACGAUGAGCCGUUUGCGUGGGAUUGAGAUCCUUUGGUUGAAACAUUUCUGCUCAGACGCCAAAAGCUCCAUCGCGCACUUUUGCCCGAUUCGCUGAUGGCCCCCGAAGAUUCGAAGAAGGAUGGUUAGUUCAAAUUGCAUCUUAACCAUCUUUACGAACUAUCACUACACCAGACAAAUUGCAAUGGGGCAGGCAUGAAGUCACGACUGACGAUCAUUCUUGAUCAGGAUGUAUAAAUCGCACAGGGAAGAACUCUUGCUUUCUGUUCUUCUCUCUCUUCUUCCUCUCAGCAGUCACUCCUUUUCUGUUCAGUUACAAGUCAUUCAUUAAUAUUGUACCUACUUCGUCUUUUCCCCUUUCAUAUUGUCGCUCUUUUGGCACAUUAACUUCAAUUCACUCACGAUGAAGCUCACCGGUUUCUCCGCCCUCGUCCUUGCAGGCUCUGCUGCAGCUUCUCCCCUGGCCUACGGAGCUCCGCAGCAGUAUGGAGUUCCUGAAUCCUCAACUCCAACCCCAACCGCCACUCCCAGCGACGUUGAUCCUACUCUUCCCACUGUCACGCCCCCAGUUAUCCCAUCCGCCAUCCCUUCCGCCCCUUCUUACGGCAUCCCGACAGUCCCUUCCGUCCCAUCGGAAGUGGAACCUACCGGUGGACUCCCUCAGGUGUGCAGCUUCCCCACCGACGAUAUCCCAGCUAAUGCGCCUACCGAACUACCCGAGGUGGACGGCCUGGAUUCGAACCUCCUUGCUCAACUUCUGCCCGCCGUUAUCUCCAUCAUUAACGGCCUAGGCUUCGGAGGAUUCGCCCCUGGUCUCCUUGGCCUCCUCAACCUCGAAGUCGUGACCAACAGCCUCGAAAUUGUGAACCUUGACGGCGUGCUUGGUGGUCAGCCCCUUCCUGAGAUUAGUGGCCUUAGCCCUAGCCAAGUGACCAAGGUUGUCACUGGUCUGUUGACCAUCACCAAGGUACUCAAGCUCGACCAGAUCACCUCUUCCGGUGGUUUGCCGCAGGUCGAUGGUAUCUCUCCGGAUCUCCUCCAGGCCAUCCUCAAUAUCGUCACUGGCAUUGUUAGCAAGCUGGGGCUCCAGUCGACCUUCACCACCCUUAACAUUUCCUCCAUGACUGAUGCCCCAGACAUGUUGGUUGUCGGCGGCCUCAUCGCUCAGCUCGCUCCUUUGGUCGCUGGCCUCUUGAAUCUUCUUGGUCUUGGUGGCCUCGCUCCACUUCUCUCCACUCUGCUCAACCCCUUGAGCGUCGUCUUGUAAAUUUACGUGGAGGGAAAUGACGGAGCUGACCUGAGCCGUCUAUUUUGGGAAUGAGGAACUCCUCCGUUGUCCAUACAACGCCUCACCUUUAUGAAUCCACCUUGUCCACGGCUUGAACUAGUUGGUGAGGGGAGCACUAUCCUUGUCUCGACAGGGUUUCAUUUUUGACUCUGCAUUCUUUAUUACCCUUUGUGUGUAACUCUAAUAGUACGAGCGCGGGGAUGUAUUUAUGUUGACGCUGUUUCUCUUAUGAACCUCAGCUGACUUUUUCUUUGCCACGGGGAGAAUACAUGUGUAUAUUUUUACCUUAAUAUUAUUAUACAUACUUUAACUCUUUGUCUUCUGGUUUCCUUAUUUUUUCGCGGUGGCAUUAUCUCGCGCAACCCCUUUAAGGGACAAAGUAGCGCAUUCGCUGGAGCUUGAGGUUUUUGGACAACCCUGUGCAAUCCUUUCCCAAGGAUCACCAAAUCCGAUUGAACAUACAUCCCUUUCC